GGCGGGGGUGGGCUCGCGAUCUGUGCCCGCGCGCGGGGCAGGAGGGUGAGGGUCUCGCGCUCUAGACUCUGCCUCUCUUAGAGCCGCGCGCCCGGCGGUUGGGGCGGCGGGUCUGGCGCGCGGGGUACGUGUCCCGCUGCAGCGGCUGGUGGGGGCGGCGGGGGCUGCCCCCUCCCCGGCUCGGCGCUGUGAGUGGGCGGAAGAUGGCGCUGGGCGGAUGGAAAUCCUAAUGACGGUCUCCAAAAUCGCCUCUAUCUGUACCAUGGGCGCCAAUGCCUCAACUUUAGAGAAAGAGAUUGGUCCGGAACAGUUUCCAGUCAAUGAGCACUAUUUUGGUUUAGUUAACUUUGGGAACACGUGCUACUGCAAUUCAGUUCUUCAGGCACUUUAUUUUUGUCGACCAUUUCGAGAAAAAGUCCUAGCAUACAAGAGUCAACCCAGAAAAAAAGAGAACCUCCUUACAUGCUUAGCUGAUCUCUUCCACAGCAUAGCUACACAGAAGAAAAAAGUUGGAGUAAUACCUCCAAAGAAGUUUAUAACAAGAUUACGAAAAGAAAAUGAACUCUUUGACAACUACAUGCAGCAGGAUGCACAUGAGUUCUUAAACUAUCUUUUAAACACAAUUGCUGAUAUUUUACAAGAAGAGAGAAAACAGGACAAACAAAAUGGCCGUCUACCUAAUGGCAGUAUCGACAAUGAAAACAAUAACAGCACACCAGAUCCAACCUGGGUUCAUGAGAUCUUUCAGGGAACAUUAACUAAUGAAACCAGGUGUCUUACUUGUGAAACUAUAAGCAGCAAAGAUGAAGAUUUUUUAGACCUUUCUGUUGAUGUAGAGCAAAAUACAUCAAUUACUCACUGCUUAAGGGGGUUCAGCAAUACAGAAACUCUGUGCAGUGAAUACAAAUAUUACUGUGAAGAAUGUCGCAGUAAACAGGAAGCACAUAAAAGGAUGAAAGUAAAAAAACUGCCUAUGAUUCUAGCUCUCCAUCUGAAGAGAUUUAAAUACAUGGAUCAGCUACAUCGAUAUACAAAACUCUCUUAUAGAGUAGUGUUUCCUUUAGAGCUUAGACUUUUUAACACUUCGGGAGAUGCCACCAAUCCUGACCGAAUGUACGACCUUGUUGCUGUAGUAGUUCAUUGUGGGAGUGGCCCUAAUCGAGGACAUUAUAUUGCAAUAGUGAAGAGUCAUGAUUUUUGGUUGCUCUUUGAUGAUGAUAUUGUAGAGAAAAUAGAUGCACAAGCUAUUGAAGAAUUCUAUGGGUUGACAUCAGACAUUUCAAAGAACUCUGAGUCUGGUUACAUUCUCUUCUAUCAGUCUCGGGAUUGAAUGAGAACUGUGGUGAAGAGAGAUUUUAUGCCUCGUUUCUUCUCUGGCUAUGUUGGAAUGGAGCAAGCACUGAUUUAAAAAAAGGAAUGCAGGGAGCUCCAGGGACAGUAGCGCAGUUUGCACACAACAAAGCAAAGUUUGGAUUUUUUUUUUUUUUUUAAACCCUUCAUAUCAAGUUCAUUUUAUUUGCUCAGGUAUCAUGCUGACUACACAAUUUUACUACAACUGCUAGGAGAAAAGAGAGAUACCAGCCACUCUUGCAGGAGCAACCUUCCAACAAUU